AUGGCUCAUCUGCCUGUGUUCGUUGAAGCUGCUCACGGUCAGAUCUUUCGUUUGGAGACCUCUGAAGGCCGGGUUCAGAUCCGCGGCAGGGCGAAGGCUGCCAAUCCCAGUGGUGAGACGCUCUCAAGUCUACAGUCCAGGCUGUACGAUGUGCUAGAAGAUGCCAACAAAGGAGGAAGACACAUGCUGUCGCUGGGACCCUUGCAGUUCAAGGGCCACGAGACCAUCGCGGACGCAGUGGAGAACUACACCGGGGAAAUGGCCGCAGCUGGCCGAAGCUUUGCUGACCCCACGUUUGCCUUGGUGGACUACAGCGAGUUGAUGAAUUCCAAACGUUCGCCUUGCUGGAUCCCAGACACUGCGUAUCGAGGGAUGACCCUCCAACAGCUCCAUGAAGUCUUGGGCUUCAUGGGACAUCAGGCUUUUGCUUGGCAUGAAGCGCAUCGCCACAGUCCCAGUUAUGGCUGUCGUAUCCCUGAAGAGAAGUUCAAUUUAUACCACGCCAGCUAUUGGAUCAUCAAUCCAGCCACUCAAGGUUACGGCCUGGUGGGCUGUUCGUUGGUCGAGUUGAUUGCGGAGGAUGCGGAACUUCAGAAACCAAGAUGGUUCGUGUCUCACGCUUGGUUGGAGCCAAUCACCCUCUUCGUGGCGAACCUCUCCCGGCACGCGCACGUGAGGCAGUUGGAACUCGACACAGCGUUUUGGGUCUGUGCCUAUGCGAAUAACCAGCAUCACCUGGAGGCAGAUGUGGGCGAAAACCCACGGAGGAGCAGCUUCUAUCGUGCCAUGCAGCGGUGCGAGGGGGUGGUCCUCCUGCUGGAUGACCAAGCCACACCAUUUCGGCGAAUUUGGUGUUGCUUUGAGGAAGCCAUCGCGGUGGAGAAGCGCAACGGCACGGAGCGGCGUCAUAAGCUGCUGUUGGACGUUUGCGCCACCGAUGCCGAUGGCGUCGCGCACGUCAUCACAGAUGGCUUGGCAGGGAUCGAAAAUCAAAUGGUGCCCCUGCUGGGUUUGCACCACAAGACUUGUCGGGAGAUGACGUUUCCCAUGCACAUUUUGCAGAAGGCCCUGAGGAUCAACAUCCUUUCGGCUACAGCCAGCCAUGAAGCUGAUAGGACUCGCAUUCUGAACAGCAUCGCCUUCCCCCACGCACGUUUGGAAGAGCUUUCUGCUACGCCACCGCAGGAGAUGGGGCUUGGGCCAAGGGGUGGACUGCAGGAACACGAGAAGUAUCAGACGGUGAAUUGCGCCCUCUCAGCGCAGUUUGCUCUGGCGAGUUGGUGCAACAGCAUUUUGCAGGGUUGGGAUCCAACUCCCUUGGCCAAAGCGCUUGUGCUUGACACCUCCAGGCGGAUGGUGCAGUUGUCCUUCACAGGCUGCAUACGUUUGUACGACUCGGACUUAGCGAUGUUGGUGAAUCACUUGCCAUUGUCGCUGGAGGUGUUGCGCUUGGAUCUGGGUUUCACUUCCCUGGUGACCCUGGAACCUCUGGAGCGCUUGGGCCAAUGCAACUCUCUGGUGCAUCUGGAGCUCCGCUUCCCUGGUUGUAAGCACCUGGAAAGCAUGGCCGGCCUGGGUGUGGCCCUGCAGGAAAUGUCGCAGCUGCGGUUGCUGGCGCUCUGGUUUUCCAAGCUGAUGAAUCUGGAGAGCAUUGAAGGACUGGACGAGGCUCUGCCGAAGUUGACUUCCCUUGAGUGCCUGGCCAUGAACUUGGAUCGGUGUCCAAAAGUCCCCUUGGCCGCGCGGAAGGCGCUCUACAGAGGCGUGAAAUCCUUGAAGCGCCGGCAAGGCAUUUUAGAAAGCUGGGUGCAUAUCCAAGACGUCGAUCAGGAUAACGUGAUCAUGCGUUGUGUGAAACGCUGCACUUGCGGAAGCAAGCCGCAAAAACCUUCACCCUGGCAUUCCGAGAAGAAUCCGGUGCUCUGGCUGUUCGGAGAUGGGGGGUACCAAUGUGUGGUGGCGCCACAGCUGUUGCGCGCCCGGCUGUUGCUGCAGCUGGUUGCCGGAAGCUCCGUUCGCCCGGAGCCGAGGUGGCAACGGCGCAUCAUCGCAGCAGUCAAUCAGGUAGCUCGUUCGCAGCACUGGACGGAAGCCCUUCAUAUUACCGAGGGGUUGGGAGAUGGAGGCCGGUUGUCUGAGCAGCUUCAACGGAGCAAGAUUCGGCUGCAUAGCGAAAUGGGUAGCUGGCACCUUUGCGUCGAAGAGUUCUUCCGCGGCAUUGCUGCGCGUGGCACGACAGCGCCCGACCCGGCGCGGGAGCGGCCGCAGCCGCCAGGCCGUUUUGAAUUGCUCCAGCGGCCGCUGCUGCAGACGCUGCGUGCCCUGGUGACGUCGGCGGCGUGGCGCGACGCGUUGGAGUUGCUGCGGGGCGCUGCGGCGCAGCGCUGGCCGCAGCAGUUGGGAAGUGAAGUGCUCUCGAGGAAGAUGCUCUUCGUCUUCGGUCUCGGGGCCAUCGCCUAUGGCAACGUGCCGAAGGGUUCCUUGUUGGAGCAGCGACUUGAUGAGGUCUACGCCAAGAGCUCUUUGUCAUGGGUCCGUGCAACGAGCUUGCUGUACCUUGGAGAUGUGAGCACGGGAGAAGGGCGCGAGAUGCGCUCGACUGGGCUCCGUGUGGGUCUGCUGGGCUGGGCGCAGCUCCUGACGGCCGCGGGGCGCAACAGCCCCUGGCGUGCCGCGCUCAGCAUGCUGCGGCGCCGUGAAGCGGAGGGGAUGCGAUUGGAUGACGUGGCGCUAAGGAAGAUGCUGACAGGCUUGAGCGCUAGUCGCGCUUGGCAAAUGGCUUCAUGGAUGUUGCACGACCAACUCCUCCAGCUCAGCUUUGCCCGGCGUCUGCUGCGCCGCGGCAGACUCGCCAGGGCCGCGCUGCAGGCGGCUGCCAGCGCAGUGGCGCAAUGGGUGCCCAACGGCGCCGGAGCGGUGAUUCCCUACGCCAGGACUUGGACGAAGGUCCUGGAAUUGCUGGAAGACAGCCAGGAUGCAGCCGCGGUGUCCCAGAAGACCAUGUUGGAGGCGGCCAUGUCGGGCCUGGCGCGAUCUGCGGAUCUGCAGAGAGCCUUGGCGCUGCUGAACGACUCCUUCCACCGACAGGUGCAGGUUUCAGGAGUGGCGCACAGCUUCGCCAUGCACGCCGCGGCCCUGCGGGGCCGUUGGAGCACGGCGUUCGCCUUGUACGAUGCCAUGCGCCAGUGCGAUAGCAGGCCCAUGCCCAGUGUCCUCAUUCAUGGAGACGAAAAUCACCACUUCUUGCUCCUAGAAAUCGGGACUUGUGGCUCAAAGUUCGAGACGCCCAGCGGCAUCACCCUCAACAACCUGGCCUUGGCGCUGCGACGUUUGCGCGGCCGCGCCUGGAGCUGGACAGGUCUUCUCCUGGAGGAAAUGCGUGUCGAGACACUGCGCUGCAACGUGGUCUUCCUGGGCAAUGCCGUGCAGAGUUGUUCCACCUGCCACCACUGGAACGAUGCUUUUCAGCUCUGUCAAGAGAUUUCCCAGUGCAGCGUGCGCUGCGAUGCCCACGUUUUUUCGAAUGUGAUGACUGGCAUGGGCCGCAUGGUUCAAUGGAGGCGCAGCAUGGUGUUGCUUCACGCUGCACUGGAGAGAGGCAUGCAUACGGCUCCUGCAUCCACAGGCGACAGCCCACCGCUGACCAACACGGCAUUGUCCGCCCUUGCGGCCGCGGGUCAAGAUGUGCUGGCGCAGAAGCUGUUGCGAGACAUGCCGCGUGCGCAGGUGCGCAGGGACGUGAUUUCGCUCGCUUGUUUGACCAAAGCGUUUGACCGGCGGAGAUUAUGGCGCCAGGCGCUGGGCUCGUUGCAGCAGCUGCCGCAGCAUGCGCUGGACUUCAGCGCCAUUGCCUGCAGCAGCGGCGCCAGCAGCUGCAAUAAGUGCAGCAUUUGGAGUUGGACUCUGCAACUUUUGAUGGACACUUUGCAGUUGGAACACGAGAGCAGAACACUCUUGGUGGAGGAGUCGACCUACUGCUGUGCGGUGCAUUCCUGUGGCUCCCAAAGCGCUUGGCCGGAAGCGAUUUUUUUGAUCGAUGUGAUGCAAGCUGGACGCCUCAGGACCAGCGACAUCCUCUUCCAAAACCUUCCUGGCAUCUUCAUGGAGCCCCGUCGCGCACGGACCUAA